GCUCCGCCUUCCCAUCGUAGCCCCUGGAGGAAGAUGAGUAACCCGCAGCCAGGACUGCUAAAUCAUGGCAACAUUUAUGGAACGACUAGCUUUUCUUCAGAAAGUGCCGACUCUGAUGAAGGCUACAGCAGAUGAUGAAAACCCCUGUCCUGGCUACCUUUUCCAAGAGAUUGGAAAAAUUACCCAUGAGUCUUCAGGUUGUGGUCAGUGUUUGUUGGAGUACCUUUUGGAGAGGCUGCAAGUUGAGUCCUGUCAUGUCAAACUCAAGGUGCUCAAGAUCUUUGUCCAUCUCUGUGGCCAUGGUUCAAACCAUUUCCUCACAGAACUUAGAAGGAACUCCACUUUCAUCCAGCAAGCAUCAGUUUAUAGUGGUCCACCUGAUCCCAUUCAUGGCACAGCAUUAUACCAGAAAGUGAGGAAUACAGCACAGGAAGUGGCCAGGUUGCUUUUCACAGAUACAAUUUCCACCAAAAGUGGCAUCUCCCCGCUUAACCUAGCCCCCCCAACAAUGGGUAUGGGCUCAGCAACUUCCCACAGGUCAGGAAUGCAGGGCUUUGGAUACAGUCCAGGGAAGCAGGGGACAGCAGGUAGUGACUCAAUAUUGGAUAAGAUCCAGAAAGCUGCAGAGGUAGUAGCCAGUGCUGUCCUUCCGCCAACUGAACACCAGGGCAUUCGUCUCCAUGACAACCAUUACAGGGCCGUAGUGGCGCCUUCUGCACCCAUCGAGGUGGCCGUGCCAGCGUGUGCCUAUAACCUGCCUGCUCGCAGACCAAAAGCAGUGACCCAUUGGUGCCCGGGGCAGGUAGGAGGCGGCUGGGAAGAGACCGACAGCGGCAACAGCUCCUCUCACAACUCUUCUCAGGACAUUGCGGCCAACAGCAGAGCCUCUGUGGGCAGCAAGUCAGCCGGUACUGGGAGCCAAUCGGGGGCCAGUAGAGAGAGCAGUGGCGACCUAUCAGAACGGGUUGAAGCCCUGCAGCUGGGGGACUGUGGCCAGGAGAUGGCUCUCAUCAGCAGACUGACAGAGGGCUCCAGAGUUUUCCUGUCCAGAGAGGAGAGCCAGCACUUCAUCAAAGAGUGCUCCAUUCUUAACUGUGAGGUUGUGGUGGAGUUGCUGUCAAGCAAGCUUCAAGAUCCCUCAAACACUGUUAAGAUGCGAGCACUAUGUGCUGUCGCAUGCCUCAUGACCUCUGACCUGCUUUCUCUUGAGCAAAUGUUUGGAGCUACACAAAGACGGCUGCAUCAGCUGAGUGAGGGGCCCCCAGGACCUGUGGCAAACAAAGCCACCAAGAUUUUGCGACAGUUUGAGGCUCUGAUGGGCGGACCUUUGAACACUCCCAGGCAGGAUACUGCGAACAGUAGCCACCAGGCAACUACUAAUCCGCCUCCCACAUCUACAUACUCAGACCCUUUACUACCAACCCAGUCUGCUGACAGCACCAACCUCAAUCAUUAUCAGCCUGACGCUUCCCCCAUAGGUGUCAGCCAACUACCAAAUCACACAUCUUCCCCUUCUAGUCUGGUCUUGGCCCAGAGAGACUCCUCGGGGGAGCCGGUGAAUGACUGUGAUGAGAUGAAACAUGCUCCCAUUCAACCAGAGCCAGUCAGGACUGCUGAGGUUACACUGGCUGUUGAAGAUCCAGAUGUCAGAAACCGAGGUUCCCCUCCUCCCUCUGAGUCCCAGAGUGAGCAGCCCUGUCUGAGCAGAUUGUCUCUGUUCAACGGGAUGGAGCUGGUGUCCAAGGGGAGAGCGUUGUGUGACAGGGAAAGAGAAACAUCCCAGGCAGAAACAGACACAAUGGACGAUGAUUUAAAAGAGAAUCCAGCUGUGCAUAACUCUGACAAUCCAGUGCAUUCAACUCCCCCUGGCACCAGUAAAACCAGUGAGAACGCUCCUUCUGAGAGCGGCCAACCAGUAUCGGCCUUCUCAUUUCUCAAAUUUUGACCAACUUUUUACAGCUGGAACUGUUCCACUUGAACCAAUGAUGUCAUCAUAUAAAUCCUCUUAGAAAAUCUAUUUAAUUUUAUAAACCAAGAUCAGACCUGUAAGGUUAUACUGUAUAGACGGGAGAUUCCCAUUAUGUUUGGGUUGUCUGUUCGUAUAGUGUGGUGCCUCCGUGGAAGCUGCAUUUAAGCAGCAAUAUAUUGGGUUGAGAGAAAAGAGAUUCAGGACUCAUAACUGUAGUCCUUAAGGCUGAGGUUGAAUUUCUCAAAAGUAUUUCACAAAUACGGUUGUCUUGAAUUACAGGUUUUAAGUGAUGGUUGCUUUAUCUCAGGAUUUCUUUUAGGUAACAACUCUUACGCCUCUGCAGCACGCCCUGAACCUCUGAGGGAGAAUCCCUUGAUUUGUAAUUUGCACAACAGUUGCUUUUCUUAUGAACUCAAAAAACUACAAAGGAGAGUUGUCUUCCAUAUUUUUUGGUACUAAGCUAUAAUAUCAGUGUAAAUGUUACGAGUGUUAGUUUACUAAAUUAUUUAUUAUGUCUACCCUGUACUGAUUCAAACACACCCAUGAGACUGGUUGUAGAGUGCAUGUCUAUGAUUAAAAAUGCUAAUGUAAGGAGAACUAAUGGGGGAAUUAAUUACUGAGAUAGUCUGUGUGCACAACCAAUGUGUGUGGAAUAUGGAAUCUGCCAUUAACAUAAUGCAAGUCGCUCAUGUCACCAAAUAAAAAGCAGACUACCAUAUCAUCUCACUAUUAUUUUAGUUACAUACUGUACUGUGGUGUUGAGUAAUGUGGAGUGUAGUACAAACUACAUGCCCAUGUUAAUCCAACCUACUGGUACUGACAAUGAACACUACUGUGUUUUGUUUCAGUGAAUACAAGCCAUGCUGUUGCACGUGCUGAAGGACAAUAAAACAUGCUGUAUUUUUGUUACAGCACUAACAUCGA